AUGGUUGAUACUCACCAACAGAAUAUUGCGCUGGGGAUUGUGAUCGCGUUCCCCAUUCUGGGUGGAAUUGCGGUCCUCUUGAGGCUCUGGAGUCGUCAGUUAUCGCGAUCGGCACUCUCCAGUGAUGACUACUUGAUCAUAGCAGGAUAUGUUCUUGCCAUCGGCCAAUCCGUCACCUCUUGGUAUUAUAUCAAAACCAACUAUGUCGGUUUUCAUUACGCGGAUAUUCCAAAAGACUAUGAUGUCAAGAAGGGGUUAAUCUGGAACUAUGCCAACCAGCUUCUCUACAAUCCCACCUUGACCGUCAUCAAGCUAUCUAUCUUGGUAUUCCUGCGUAGACUGGAGUCCCAGUCGCGCAUCGUCAAUGGCCUCAUCUGGGGCGCCAUGGCCUUCGUCAUCGGACUCUUUGUCGCCGUGCUGUUUGUUGAUAUCUUCCAAUGUCGACCCGUCGCCUAUGUCUACGACAUGUCGAUCCCAGGGGGCAAGUGCAUUGACCAAGGUGGCUUCUACGUGUCGACUGCCGCGCUCAAUCUGUUCACGGACAUGGUGGUGCUGUCAAUCCCUAUCAUCAUCACUUGGAGCCUGCAGAUGCCCCUACGACGAAAGAUCGCCGUGUGCUUCAUCCUCUGCCUCGGUGGAAUUGCAACCGCCAUCGGUGUCUGGCGUAUCGUCAUCCUCGCCCAGGCUUUCCUCACCCACACCUACAACCCGGACCCAACCUACUCUAUCGGCUUCUGCAGUUCCGCCAUCGAAGUAAACGUCGCUGUAGUCACCGCCUGUGGCCCCUCUAUGAAAGCCAUUGCCAGCCGAUACCUCCCCCGUCUCCUCGGUACCUCCCGCGGCGAAAAAUAUGGCUACGGCGCCAGCACCAGCGGCUCGCGUGGACGAUUCCCCGGAUCGAAGCUGUUCGCGACCAACAAGUCGCAGCUACACUCCAAUGCAGACGAUGGAUACGAGAUGGCUGAUCCCAAUGGUGGGCAUACUGUCGAUAUCGGCCACGACAGGACUGGCCGCUUCGAUAUGCGCAAGUACCGCCGUGGCGGGGAUAGUCCGAGUAUCAGCUCCGGCAGUGAAGAUGGGGUUGCGGGUAUUGUCAAGACGACCGAUGUCUCGGUCAAGUAUACCGUGGGUGAGGUGACGCCGGAUGAUGGACGGUCACGAGAUGGAAAGCAUGCCAGCAUGGACAGUCUGGUGUAG